AAAAUACUAACAAAAAGAAAAAUAAUUGGCGCCUGAAAAAAAGUCGAAAUAUGAACGAACAAUGGUAUUCCGAUUUCUAUAGGCCAUUUGUUUUAUGUCUCCGAUCAGACUUCUCCUCGGCUUCAGGCCAAUCUGACGGACGGCCGUUAUUUGUCUUCCUUGCCAAGUCAAAUGGAAUUUGCUGAAGAGAACAGGAGCAGAGAGCUAGCAGCUUCGUCUUCAUUUUACCGCUCCGUGUACUCAGAGAUAGAAGAAAUUGGAUGGGAGCAUCUGGUGAAUUUGGCUGGAGACCUAAAGUUUAUUAGCUUUCGCAUUGUUGCCAGAGAUAAGAAGGGACGAGUGCAUAUUCUCGAAGUUCAGUUGGAUAAAACCUAUCCAAAAUGUCCACCUUCAGUUUCUGCAGAUGUACCAUAUAUAUUCAAUGUUGAAUGGUCAAUGAACUCAAGAUUGAAAGAUUUGGUGCAGCAGUUCCAGGAACAUUUAGAGAAGCUUCAGGAAUUUUGGGCUACCUUGGAUGAUAUUGAUAAUUCUCUUUGCGUAGUUAAUCUGAAACAGACAUCCCGAGCCGUGUCAUUUCGUCAAAUGGAUAUAGGAAAUGACUGUUUCAUAAUGCUUUCUAUAAAUUCCAAAAAUCCUAAAGCUUUACCAGAGUGUCGGUUUUUGGGUUCAGGUCCAAUUGUGAACUCUUUGAGAAAGUUAUGGAAAAGAAAUAGCAAGCAAUGGAUGAAGGACAAAACAAUUCUAGAAAAUCUUACAUCCAUCCUGGAGACCCAAUUACCAAAGCCUCCAGAUGUCCAGAAGAAUAAUCAACAAGUUGAAUGUGGAAUUUGUUAUGCUCAAUAUCUCCCAACUGAUGAUGAGCUUGGACCCAGGAGUGGGACUGGAACUGACUAUACUUGUGAUAAUAGCCAUUGCAACAGGGCAUUUCAUAGUGUUUGUCUUGGGGACUGGUUGCGCUCUAUAACAACAACGAGGCAAUCAUUUAAUGUCCUGUUUGGGAAUUGUCCCUACUGUUCAGAGCCAGUUGCGGUCAAGAUCAGCAACACAAAGAAGUAAAUCUAGGUCUUCACUGGAAUCAUGUCAAGUAUUUCUAGGUGAUCAAUCUGUUGGGCACGUAGGUAAACUGCGAAUUCCCAAAGUGAAGCAGUAACAUUCUCUUCUAUUUUCUUUUAGUGUAAAUUGAGCAGUUUACUCCGUUCAUGAAUCCAACCAAAUGAUGAUUUUGGCAACUUCAGGAGCAUUAAUUUUAAGCGGCAUCCAAUGUAGCCUUACCACCCACUUUUAUUAAUUUCUUUUUGGCGGAACUGUGAUCUGUGAUGCAAUUAUGAAAUAACGCUUUCAAAUCAUUACUUUGUUGUACUAACCUUAUCUGUUAGCCUGUUGACUUGAUUACACCUAAUCAAGACUUGAUUGCAACCUGCCAAAGAGAUCCAUUUUACUUC